CGCUCAGGAAGGCGCCACCCAGGAUGAGCCCAGCCUGCACAGAGCAGGAAGAACAAUCAGCAGAAGAUGGGGCCGUGCAGCCUCAGACCUCCAGGACAGGACAUGGAUGAAGAGGCCACCUGCUCCAUCUGCCUGGAGCUCCUGCAGGAGCCGGUGACCAUAGGGUGUGGGCACAACUUCUGCCGAGCCUGCAUCACCCGAUACUGUGAGGACACUGUCCGUGGCUCAGGCGACGCCGUCCCCUGUCCCAGCUGCAGAGCACAGUUCCAGAUCGGGAGCUUCCGGCUCAACACUCAGCUCAAAAACCUGGUGGAGAAGAUUAAAGAGCAGAGUCUGAAACCAGGAAAGGAGCAGAUGGAGAAUCAGUGUGUGGAGCAUGAGGAGAUACUCAAGCUCUUCUGUGAGGAGGAUGGGGAAGCCAUCUGUGUGAUCUGCAGGGAGUCCCAGGCUCACCGGGGUCACACAGUGCUCCCCAUCCAGGAGGCUGCCAGCAAUUAUCAGGUGAAGCUCCAGGGAGUCCUGGAUCCUCUGAGGAAGGCGAUGGAGAGGGCCCUGGCGAUGGAGUCCAAGGAGAAGGACAGCACCGCGGCGUGGAAGGCAGGUGCCAGUUUGUGUCCUCAAGAGCUCAUCCCCAUGCAGAGCUGGCAGGGAAACAAGGUAAAGCAACAGAGAGAACAAAUCAAGUCUGAGUGCGAGAAGCUGCGUCGCUUUGUGAGCGAGGAGGAGCAGCGGCUUCUGCAGAGACUGGAGGAGGAGGAGAGCGAGACUCUGCAGAGCCUGGAGGCGAACGUAGCCCAACUCUCCCAGCAAAGCUCCUCUCUGCGCACGCUGAUCUCGGAGAUAGAGGAGAAGAGCCGGCAGACACCUGCUGAGCUGCUGAAGCCCGUGACUCUCUCCCCAGUGGACGUGACUCUGGACCCAGGGACGGCUCAUCCCAACCUCGUCCUGUCUGAGGAUCGGAAAUGUGUGAGACACGGAGACACCCGACAGGAUCUGCCCGACACCCCCGAGAGAUUUGACCCUUGUCCCUGUGUCCUGGGCUCGGAGGGGAUCACGGGCGGGAGGCGCUACUGGGAGGUGGAGGUGGGAGACAAGACGCGCUGGACCCUGGGCGUGUGCAGGGAGUCUGUGCGCAGGAAGGGGUGGGUCACAUACUCGCCUGGCGAUGGAUACUGCGUUGUGCGGCUGUGGGACGGGGGAUACAAGGCCCUCACCGCCCCCAUGACCCCCCUCCCCGUGCACUUGUGGCCCAGGCGGGUGGGGGUUUUCCUGGACUACGAGGGGGGUGAGGUCUCAUUUUACAACGUGACCGACAGGUCCCAUCUCUUCACUUUCACUGACACCUUCUCCGGGACCCUGCGCCCUUACUUCAGUCCUGGUCUCAAUGCUGGGGGCACCAACGCGGCUCCCCUGACCCUGUGCCCGGUCCCAGCCCAGCCCUGAGGGAAGCCCUGUCCCUGCCAUGACCCGCGGGGGGCACAGACUGUCCCCUCCCCGCGCCCCGACUGCCACCCCUCGGUGCCCCCGGGGUGGGGGCAGGGCUGGGGUCUCCAUCACAGGAGCUGCUCCAGCCUGGACCCUGCUGCUGCCCUGGCCCAGGGCUCGUCUCCCAAUCCCCCCACGUACAGCACCCCGCUGGGAGGGACCGGCUCCAAACUCUCAUCCUUCACUUCCAGAUCCCUGCAGUCCCUCGGGGGGUUUUCCUUGGUUACUUUGUUCACCUCUCUCAGCACUUUCCCCCUUUCCCCUGCCCUCCCUCCAUUCCCUUUUUUAUUUAAAAUAAACACGUCUGCAUUGCA